AUGUGGUCGGACGCCCGCGGCGCUCGUCACACCUUUGCCGGCCGCUUGCCUGCUUCUACCCUCGGCAGAGCCGUCGACAUUCAGUUGAACGCCUUCCCUGUGUCCGGGCUUCCCAAGGCCCCCAUCUACCAGUACCAGGUGAUGGUCGGCACUGGCGCCGAGAAGCGUGGUCUGAUCAAGGCUGUGUGGAACAGCCAGGCUACCAGGUCCAAGCUUGGUCCCGGUUGGAUCUUCGAUGGCAACAGUCUUGCCUGGUCCACCACCCAGCACCCUGCCGAGCUCCGUUUCAACGUCAACCUUGACGAGGAGGCUGGACAUGCUGCUCGCCCUGGACGCACCGAUGUUCAUCGCGUGGUCGUCAGACCCACUGCUGUCAUUGACUUCACGUGCUUGGAUGCCUACCUCACUGGCACCGCCACAUACGACACUAAGAUCUUGCAGGCUAUCACAGUCCUUGAUCAUAUCAUGCGCGAGACCCCUUCUUCUCGUUUCAUCUCCAUCAAGCGUAACUUCUUUGCUGCCAACUCCCAACGCAGUCCGCUCGGUGGUCACGUUGAGCACACCACUGGUGUUUACCAGUCACUUCGCAUCGCACAUCACCCUGCUGGCCAUCGCCUCGUGGUCAACGCUGACGUUGCCAAUGGUACAUUCUGGUCGUCUGGUCCCCUCUCCGCCGCCGUUCUGGCUGUUACCAAGUCCAGAAGCGAGGCUGAUAUCCAGCUGCUUCUGAAGCAAGGCAACCCCAAGUUCUUCGAUCUCAGACGCCUCCGCAAGCUUCACGUUGUUACCGUUCAUCGUAAGGGCGGCUCUGACGAAUACGUGAUUGACCACUUCAUGAACAAGGACUCCACUCACGUCCUCAAAUUCAAGGAUGGAAGCACGCAGACCGUUGCUCAAUACUUCCAGGCUACUUACAACGUUCGUCUGAAGUAUCCUGGCUGGCCUGUUGUUCAGAUGACCAGAAAGGCCGUCCUUCCUCUGGAGCUCCUCAAGAUCAAGGAUAAUCAGCGUUACACUUUCAAGCUCGAUGACGUCCAGACUUCUCAGAUGAUCAAGAGGGCCGUCACUCCUCCUAGAGAGCGUUGGGCUGCUAUCGACACGGGCGUCAAGAUGCUUGAUUGGGCCAGCGACCCCUACCUCAGAAACUACGGCAUGGCCAUUGAUCCGAAGCCCAUUGUCGCCAAGGGUCGUCUUCUGGUCAACCCUAAGCUUCAGUUUGGUGGCACUGGUACUGCAUCGCAGACCGACCCCAAGACCUCUGGUCGCUGGGACCUCAAGGGCAAGAAGUUUGCCUCAACACCUGCCCUCAAGGACCUUAGCGCUUGGGGCGUUUGUGUCUUGAGUGCCAGAGGUGAGAUCGACAAGGCUGCUGUUCAGAGAUUCUUGCAGUCCUUCAUCCAGACCUACGCCGGCCAUGGUGCUACUCUUCCUCCUGCCUACAGGGACCCCGCCAUCUAUUACGCUGCCUCGAACGCUGAUCCCGCCAGUUUUGCGCAGGAGGCCUUCCAGUUGGCUGGUAACAAGCACAACAGCAGACCUCAGCUGUUGAUGUUCAUUCUUCAGGACAAGAACAGCAUCACAUACGGCAAGAUCAAGCGCUUCUGCGAGUGCAAGCUCGGUAUCCCGUCUCAGUGUGUCCAGUAUGCCCAUGUUCAGAAGGCUCAGGCUCAGUACAUUUCCAAUGUAUUGAUGAAGUUCAACGCCAAGUUGGGCGGCUUCACCAACACCGUCUUCGGCCCUGUCACCUCAAAGAAGGCUAUUCUCGACAACAGCGUCGUCAUCAUUGGCGCCGAUGUGUCUCACGCUGCUCCCGGUCUCAAUGGCCCUUCCAUGGCCGCCAUGACUGUCUCGAUGAACGCCAACGCCACUCGCUACGCCGCCGCUGUUGAGACCAAUGGCCACCGCGUCGAGAUGAUCACCGAUGAGAACAUCGAGAAGCACAUCAUCUCUCUCAUCAAGAACGGUUGGUCGAGACAGGUUGGUCAGGGCAAGGCUCCUGCCACUGUUGUCUACUUCCGCGACGGUGUCUCCGAAGGCCAGUUCGCUCAGGUCAUCGACCAGGAGGUCGCCGCCAUGAAGAAGGCCUUCGCCAAGAUCCACGUUAUGCCCAGAUUCUUGGUCAUCAUCGCUUCCAAGCGUCAUCACGUUCGCUUCUUCCCUCAGAGCGGUGGUGACAAGAACGCCAACCCUCUUCCUGGCACACUCGUUGAGACUGGCGUCACACAGCCUUUCGAGAACGACUUCUACCUCUGCGCACACACCGCCAUCAAGGGUACUGCUCGUCCCGUCCACUACAAUGUCCUUCUCAACGAGCCACAGUGGCCCCAGGACAAGAUCCACACGCUCAUCUACGAGCACUCAUACCAGUACAUCCGUGCUACCACUCCUGUCUCGCUUUUCCCUGCCGUUUACUACGCCCACAUCGCUUCUCUUCGCGGUGCUCACCACAGCAAGGGCUUCGGCAACCCCGCUGCCUACGACAACACCGUCACCGGCACCACUGAGCCCAUCUACGAGCCUCUUCUGCCCAUGGCUAACCCUGCCAUCAUGAACCCCGGCAUGUGGUUCAUCUAG